GCUAAAUUGAUCAACUUAUUCGAAAGAGAAAGCAAUUUACAGCUAUUUCACCCUUCGUGUUUGCAGGCUGAAGGACAAUGACGGUGACAACAUUCCUAGUUGCAAUCACUUGCCUGGCUGUGUCGGUUGCUGGUUUUGCGUAUGAAACAGAAUCCGUGGACUGCGACUUCACGGGCAUCGACGUGGAUGCUGCCAUUUCAAGAAUGCUCUCCAAGAUUCCAAAGUACGAAGAACGCAUAUCGGAGACCUAUAGAAUGUCUUUUGCUGGUAUCAAAUUCUUCGGCGUCAACACUACAGGAAUGAACAAACUGAGUCUUUACGGCCCUGCGAUCCCCUAUUGCAUCAACGGAACCCGCAUGAUUCAGGUAGACCUCGUCAACGAUGGUGACGUCGUCGUGUCGUGGCCAUGGAAGACUUGCGAGGGCCGUGAAGGCACGAUUGAUCUCAAGGCCGACGUUUCGCGCUUCACCACUCAGCUACGUGUCACAGCGACUGGAUUUAACGACGUCAGCUUUUCGCAUGACGGCCCUGUACUUCCGGUCACCGCCGAAAACAUUGUACUCAAGAUCAAUGGCGCCGGAUUGGCCCCGACGGUUGUAACUGAGUACCUCUCCAUGGUGUUCCCCGCCGUGCUCCGGGCAAUAUGGAACUAUCAGUUCUUCUACUUUGCGGACAUCUCACUCGACAAGGCUGUAGCGUGAAGCACUUGCACAGCCACAGCUGACUGCUACAGAAGUUUAACGUGGGCUACCCGCAUCUGAAACAGCA